CGGUUUCCUUACGGUAUCUCAUUUUACUGAACACACUGUUUGUUUAUUUCAUGCAGCAAAAUAAUUUCAAUUUAACAAUGUUUUUCAGCUGUCUUUGACACAUUGUACAGCCGUUUUACUUAGUUAUUUCAUUUGGUAUUUUUGCUAUCCUGGCAGGCCUUGUUGUUUGUUGUGUUAUUUUAAUGUCGGAGGAGCAGAGGGAGGACGCUGUUGGAGGAGGACUGUCUGUAAAAGAGGAAGAUGUGGAAAACGAGAACGUGACCGAGAUGGCAGCUUUAGACGAAGAAGAGGAGGAAGACGAAGAGACUCUGCCUCACUCAGAAAUCCUGGAUAUAUUCGAGGAGGGACUUGCUCAACUUGUGCAGGACCCUUUGCUCUGUGAUCUGCCAAUUCAGGUAACUUUGGAGGAAGUAAAUUCCCAGAUUGCUUUGGAGUACGGCCAAGCCAUGACUGUCAGGGUUUUAAAGGCGGACGGAGAGAUUAUGCCCAUAGUUGUGGUGCAAAAUGCCACUGUCCUGGAUCUGAAGAAGGCCAUUCGCAGAUUCAUGGAGCUCAAACAACAACGUGAAGGCGGAGUGAAACAUGUCAGCUGGAGAUAUGUUUGGAGAACUUUUCUGUUAUUAUUUCAAGGGGAAAAGCUUGAAGAUGACAAGAUGAGGCUUAAGGACUAUGGGGUCAGAAACAGGGAUGAAGUGACGUUCAUGAAGAGACUCAGGAAAAAGUGAGAUGACCCAGCCUGCACUUGUCACAUCAGGCAAGACAUACAGAGUUCCUGCAGUGUGUGUUGGGACCACCUGCUCCGCAGACAUCAAAUGACUUUCAAAAAGUUUGUGUACGACUUGCUUAGCACACAUUACAAACUGAGCAUGCUUCUCGAAGAGGCUAUAUGUAAAUAAAUCUGGAGAUGUGAUUUUUGUAAAGUUUUCUGCAAACAUUAAAACAUGUUAAAGUU